AUUCUUAUAAAGAUAACGUUUCAACUAUACGCACCGCUGUUGCAUUGCGCAUUUCGGUGUUUUGUUUUUAAUACAAUCUCUAUUUGGGCUCCGGUGUUGGAACAAGGUGUAUGGUUGCAGAUAUGUUGACGAUACACUCGUUGAUAUUACUUGGACUUAUCGAAGUCGCUGGUUCAGAAUGUGUCGCAGUCAGCUGCAUCGACCCUAGUCUGGGCGUGUUGGAUUACCAGUCCUGCCUUCACAUACUUCCACUGCCUUGUACUUCUGGUUCUGAAGUAUGUGGCAGCGACGGAGUAACAUACGCCACGAGAUGCCAUUUUGCAAAAGCCCAUUGCGUAAGUGCUAGCAUAACAUUCGCCCACAACGGACCAUGCGUUGGCAUGACUUCGUACACAACUCUGCCGACAACAUCAGCAACAACAGCAACAACGAUGAAAACGACAACAUCGGGUCACACUUCGCCCUUGACAACUAAUUCUCUUCUGGCCUCCACCACGCAGUCCAUAAGUGACAUUCUGAUGGAGGUAUUCUGUCACAACCUGCCCUCCAUCAACUGUAACACGGGAUUCAACGUUGUCUGUGGAUCAGACGGAAACCUCUACCCAAACGAAUGCGAAUUCAGCAAAGCCCUGUGUCAUUCACCUGGACUAAAAAUGAUGACCGAAAUAAGCUCAUGUGUACAGAGUUAAAUGGGGGAACACUGAAGAGUAACGCUUGGUUGUGUUUUGUUUCGAUAGUUUAACGUGCACUAUUAAAUAUAGUUGACGUGUA